AUGCGCACCGAUUUCUCUUCCUAUCUCUACCUCCAAAUAUUUCCAUUUUCCGAAGAUAUUUCCGGCACGAUGGACGGGAAUAGAGAGAGGUUUGUUUUUGUGUUUGUGUUCUCUUCCGCAACACCGAUUCUCGCUCUCCCCGCGGCCUCUAUAUCCAUCAAGAACAGAAUUUUGCCUUCUCGCCAUCUUUCUAUUCCUUCUUUCGAUUUUCGUUCCUUUCUUUCUUUCUUUCUUUCUUUCUUUCUUUCUUUCUUUCUUUCUUUCUUCUUUGCUUCCUUCCUUCCUUCCCUUAAUUGUAUCAAUGAUCAUUUUAUCUUUCUCUCCGUAAUCUGUCUAUCAACAUUUCUUUCUUUCUUUCUUUCUUUCUUUCUUUCUUUUCUAAUUAUUUCCUUCAGGCUUAAUUGUAUCAAUGAUCAUUUUAUCUUUCUCUCCCUUAAUUGUAUCAAUGAUCAUUUUAUCUUUCUCUCCGUAAUCUAUCAAAAUUUCUUUCUUUCUUUCUUUCUUUCUUUCUUUCUUUCUUUCUUUCUUUCUUUCUUUCAUUUUAUCUUUCUCUCCGUAAUCUGUCUAUCAACAUUUCUUUCUUUCUUUCUUUCUUUCUUUCUUUCUUUCUUUCUUUCUUUCUUUCUUUCUUUCUUUCUUUUCUAA